AUGUUUUUAAUAUCAAAAAUAGUACGCGGCAGAAGAUUACUGCAAGAACUUGAAGCUGAGACUGAAAAAAAAGCAGUACAAGAAGUGACUGGAAUAGAACCUUCAGCGACGAUUCUUCGGCAAAGUGUACUAGCAACUCGGGUGGAAAAGGAAAAGUCUGUGGAUGAAACGUCACAGAUCAACUAUCAGUGUGGAGCAGGACCAUCUAAUGCGAAUAUGACAUAUACAACAGCUCAGCCAUCAUCCUGCAGAAAAGUUAGACAAAAGAGAGACACCUCAUUACCAGACGGAGUCGAAACAGAUUUAGACUUAAGCGAUCUUGCAGUGCCAUCUCAUAUACGCCGGUCAUCAAGUAUGCCAAGUGUGUCCGAUCCUAUCAUCGGACCGAUUUUAAAACAUUAUGAUUAUAACUCAAGAUUGAACCGACUUCAAAAACGAUUUCUUCGCUUCACGUGGCAUCGUUUGCAAACAAAGAAUGGUGGAAAACGAGUUGGAAAUGUUUUCGAAGAGGUCUAUGAGCGCCUUUUAAGGCAGUUGCCCGGAACUUGGGAAAUGUUCACAACACGAACCUUUUUGUCUGCAAUGUCACGUAGCGAAACAGCCACACCAAGAGAUCAUGCGAAGGAGACAGUGAAAUUGAUCGAUUAUGCGAUUAAGAAUCUGGAAGUAAAUGACAAAGAAAGGAACGACACAGGCAGUGACUACGACCCUUUCUUACUCGGUAAAGCACAUGGGAGACUUCGACCAUAUGGUUUCACAGGGAAUUACUGGGAGAAACUUGGCGAAAUUAUUGUUGACGUGGUGUUAGUGCAAGAAGCUGUUAGAGAUUUACCUGGUGCGGGCCAAGCAUGGGUUAUAUUCAUUGCUUGUCUUGUUGAUCAGCUAAGAGCUGGAUUUGACGAAAGCAAAAGCGGCUUGACACCAAUGACUGCAAUGUUCUCCCAGAAGUAUAUUUGUAAUACUGUCACUUCAGACAGUGCGAACGGUUACCAUCAACAUAUUUUCCCACAUAUUGAUACAACUUGUCACUCAUCAGCGUGCUACACCAGUCAACCGAUUCUGCCGGAAUACGUUUCGACAGUGCCGUCGAGAAGAAACGCGAACCUAACUUUUGAUUCAGGAAUGCGAGAGAUGACUGAACGACAAAAUUACCCCGUGUCUAUGGCAGAACAUGGCACUUCAACAUUUCGCUCUAGAAGAAGUUCAGCACGUUUCGUGACAAGCAGGAAGCACUCCAAAAGCCAGUAUACCAGCAGUUACUCACCGCGGAACUUAUCAUCCGUUUAUGAGAAUUCUAGUGAUACUCAGGUAUUGAAUCCGGAAUCAACAAUGGAUCAACAGAUUUUAUAA